UAAUCGCUGUCUCAGCGAGAUACAUUCUCUCGUUUUAGUGUAAACAUUUGUCAAUAUUUAAGGUUUCGGUUAUGAUUUAAAUAAAAAAAGUAGUCGAUCAGUGAGAACACAACAAUAAUGAAUCAGCAGUACAUGCAUCAGGCGCACCAGCAGCCGCCUCAGCCUCAUCCCCAGGCCCCACACUAUGGAGGGCCUCCAGGCAGUUCUCCCUAUGAGGGACUGAACGCCAAUGUCCCUUCGAAUAUGAUGAAACCUCCUGUGAACUCCCAGCAGCAUCCACCACAGAAAGCCAUGCCAGGACCACCACCAGGGAACAUGCCACCAGCAGCCAAUCCGUACUACAAUUACAAUGCUCAAGUCAACAGUCAGCAGGCACCUCCACCCAGCUCACUGCAUGGACCACCACCAUCGGCCAAUCCGGAUAAUUUGACUAAUCAAAUGUCUAGUAUGGGGCUGAAUAAUCCUCCAUCGGCCUUCCCCCCGCAGCCCCCACCGAAUUCCGCCCCACCACCCUCCAACAUGAACGGUUUCUCCUCGACAGAUCACUCGCCCUCAGGUCCCUCAGACCCGCACCUCGCGUCGGCAGCCCCCUCCCACCCCCCGAGUCUUCCGCCAAAUCAAAACGCCCCACCCAACAUGAACAGAUACCCAACCGAGUCUCCCCAGAUGACUCCCCCCACCCAAAUGAUCCAAAAGCCCCCUGGACCCCCAAUGGGCUACCCCCCAACCCAACAGCGACAAAUGCCGGGUCAACAGGUCCCAGGUCCACUCCCCCCUCAGAAUCCCCCGAUGUCCGGUGUUCCUCACCCCCAGACCUUCCCAGGAGCUCGAUUACCCCCAGGGCCCCCAGGAAACCCACCCCUUCCUGGUCCCCCACCUCAAAACCUGGGAGGCCCAGGCCUUCCCCAACAGCCCUACAACGCGUACCAUCCUCAGGCCCAACAAAACCACCAGAACUUGCAGAGGCAGAUGAUGCCAGGGCCUCCAAUGGCCCCCAGUGGCCUGCAACAGCCCCAGAUGCCCCCAAUGCCCCAAAUGCGUCAGCCCCCAGGUGCAAUGCCCGGUGCAAUGCCCGGUUACCAGCCCCCAGACCCCUACAGUGGCCAACGCAGUCCCUUCCACCCUCAAGGCCUCAACAUGGCAGGCCCCACCCCGGGGUACCAGCCCGGUGUCCAGCCCCAGCAGGCAAAACGUCUCGAUCCAGAAUCCAUGCCCAGUCCCAUCCAAGUAAUGCAGGACGACCAACGAACCCGUGGAGGUGUCUUCACCACGAAUCAGAAAGGCCUGGCACCCCCCUUCGUCACGACAAAAUUCGUCGUUCAAGACCAGGGCAACGCAUCCCCCAGGUUCAUCAGAUCCACCAUCUACACGGUGCCAACGACAACCGACAUAAUGAAACAGACUGGAGUGCCUUUUGGACUCAUUGUCAGUCCCAUGGCCCAGGUGAUCGAGGACGAGCAGGAGCCACCGAUCGUCGACAUGGGUGAAAUAGGUCCUGUCAGGUGCAUCAGAUGCAAGGCCUACAUGGGCCCCUUCAUGCAGUUCAUCGACGCUGGAAGAAGAUUCCAAUGUGCCUUCUGCAAAGCCACAACAGAAGUGCCAUCCGAAUACUUCCAGCACCUCGAUCACACUGGCCAGCGAAUGGAUCGUUACGAGAGACCCGAGCUAAUGCUGGGAACCUACGAGUUCAUAGCGACAAAAGAGUACUGCAGAAACACAACCUUUCCGAAGCCACCAGCCAUAGUGUUCGUCAUCGAUGUGUCCUACAAUAACGUUAAAUCAGGAUUAGUUAAUCUCCUCUGUGGAGAACUCAAGAACAUCAUAAAACACCUUCCCAAGGACCGUUUUCAGGAAAAGUCUGUCGUGAAAGUUGGAUUCAUCACUUACUCGAAUACUGUACAUUUCUACAAUAUCAGCCCUAAUUUGACCCAGCCCCAGAUGAUGGUGGUUGGAGACGUGCAGGAUGUAUUUAUGCCAUUGUUGGAUGGAUUCCUGGGGGAUCCCGAGGAGAGUGAAGCUGUUAUUGAUGCGCUAUUGGCACAGAUACCCGUAAUGUUUGCGGAUACACGUGAAACCGAGACGAUACUGGCACCGGCAAUUCAGGCUGGCUUGGAGGCAUUGAGGGCCUCUGAGUGUCCAGGAAAACUCAUGGUAUUCCACUCGUCCCUGCCGAUUGCUGAGGCCCCUGGCAAACUGAAGAACAGGGAUGACAGGAAGCUGCUUGGAGGGGACAAAGAGAAGACUGUUCUGGCUCCUCAGAGCACAGUCUACAAUCACCUGGGGCAGGAGUGCGUUGGAGUUGGCUGCAGUGUCAAUCUCUUCGUCUUCAAUAAUUCCUACGUCGAUCUUGCCACCAUUGGGCAGGUGUCCAGAUUGACUGGGGGUGAGGUUUAUAAAUACACGUAUUUCCAGGCUGACAACGAUGGUGAUCGUCUUGUUAUGGAUAUUAUUAACAAUAUUAGUAGACCAAUAGCGUUUGACGCUGUGAUGAGGGUCAGAACGUCCACUGGGGUGAGACCCACUGAUUUCUACGGACACUUGUACAUGUCAAAUACCACGGAUAUGGAAUUGGCUAGUAUUGAUUGUCAUAAAGCUGUUGCCGUCGAGGUCAAGCAUGAUGAUAAAUUGUCUGAUGAGGAGGGAGUCUAUGUGCAAGUGGCACUUCUCUAUACCUCUUGUGGGGGUAUACGUCGAUUGAGAAUUAUUAAUCUCAGUCUUAAGACCUCGUCGCAGAUGGCUGAGCUGUACAGAGCCUGUGAUCCCGAUGCUGUUGUCAAUUUCUUCGCUAAACAAAGUGUUUUCAAGCUCAUUGAAUCCACGCCCAAGGCUGUCAAGGAUAAUUUGAUAAGCAAGUGUGCUACUAUUUUGGCUGCGUACAGGAAACACUGCGCCUCACCGUUCAGUGCCAGUCAGCUUGUUCUGCCUGAGUGCAUGAAACUACUUCCUCUUUAUGUCAAUUGUCUGCUGAAGAGCGAUGCCAUCUCUGGGGGCGCUGACAUGACCAUCGAUGACAGGACUUUUGUGAUGAUGGCCGUUGCCACCAUGCCUCUUUAUACGUCCGUUAAUUAUUUCUAUCCCAGGUUGUUGCCACUGCAUGAUAUCGAUACACAGGCGAGUGAACUGCCACAGCAGCUCAGGUGUUCCUUUGAUAAGUUUGCUGAGGAUGGAGCUUAUUUACUGGAGAAUGGUAUUCACAUGUUCCUCUGGCUGGGUCAUGCACUGUCCACCGAGUGGAUUCAGGCAGUUUUCGGUGCACCGGUAGUUGACACAGAGCGCAUCUCACUUCCUGUCCUAGAUAAUCAACUGAACAUACGUAUAAGAGAAAUAAUUGCACGUGUUCGUGCCGAAAGACAUCAUUGCAUGAGGUUGACAAUUGUACGCCACAGGGAUAAAUUAGAGAUGGUUAUGCGUCACUUCUUGGUGGAAGAUCGAGGAAACGACAAUAGCCAGAGCUACGUCGAUUUUCUCUGUCACAUGCACAAAGAGAUCAAGACACUCCUUAGUAAUUAAAAUCAUUAUCUCCCAUGGCGAAUGAUUCAAAAAUCAUGGGUUUAAAUCUACAAAAAGGUCUGGACACUAACAAUUGGAGACUGGCGUCAAACCAAUUCCACUCGCAGCGAAUUAACCUUGGCAAUAUCUAUAAUCGAAAAAUGAAAGAGAAAACUGGAGAAAAAAAUCUGUAUUAUCCUUACAAUUUUAUUUUAAAUUAGUUCUUUGUUAUUUUAUCCAUUACGAAGAAACAAGUGCGGUAAAUUAAUUGAGGAAAGCAACGCAAAAUAUGUAAAAAAAUAAAAAUGAAAAUAUAUAUCUAUAUAUAUACAGA